CACCAUGUCGCAUAUAUGAUAUAUGCCGGACGUUACUUCACUCUAAUAGAUUGUCAAACUAGUUUCAAACCACAGUAUUUGUAUACAAACACCUUGUAUCACACGCGUUUUUAAAUACUAUAUAGAACUAUGGUGCACUAUGGCUGUUGUAUCUUUCAACAAUUUAAAUUUAAUAUACAACAGUAUAUAUUAUUAUAGUAUUAUUACUUUAAUAACUGUGUAUGCAUAUUGUAUAUAACAUAGAAUCUAAGCUGCUGGAUUAGGCUACGAGAACAAGGUGAAUAAGGUUCAAGGAUCAUUGUUGAUGUUGAUAAGAUUCAAACAACAUGUACAGUAGCAAUAAAAUAAAUGGAAAAAUAAAAGACAUAGCUCCGAGUGAGUCUUACAAGUGCGUUAGAUAUGAAACCAUGUGGAGUAAAUAAAUUUAAUUUUAUUGUUAAAACAUCCAUCCUAUUUGUUUUUAUUAUGAACAUUUAAAAGCAAUGGGUCGAGUUUCUAAAAAAUCGUUUAAAAGGUCUAGCAGACCCAGAGCUAAGUCUAUGAUUACAGAUUGUGAAAAUCAACCAUUAUUAAAUUCAGAUUUAAGCAGAACAAGUAUAGCAGAUAAUGGAUUUAUAUUCAAAUAUGAUUCGGAAAACAGCGAUUUAGAGAAUAAUAAAACAUCAGCUACUCCAUCAAAGGCCAAUGAAUUACUUUAUCCGUAUUACUUGAGGUCAUUUAGUUUGGACUAUGAUAUAAUAAACAGGCCAAAAUUUUAUCGAAAAUUACAACCUUACAUUCCAUUAGGAGAUACAAUUACCAAUGAGCCAUACACCCAAAAUAGUUUAAUUACCAUUUUCGCAAUAUGGAACACGAUAAUGGGAACAUCCCUAUUAGCAAUGCCUUGGAGCGUGGAACGGGCAGGACUAGUGAUGGGAUUAUUCCUAAUGUUCGUUAUAGCUGCACUGUGCUUAUACACAUCAAAUCGUAUUCUUAAGGUGCAAGUACUUCACGGAAACGAUACCGGCGAAGUAGCACAACUGAGCAAAAAUUUAUUGGGUCCUUGGGCCGAAGUCAUAGCGAAACUAUUCUCGUUCAUAAUUUUACUAGGAGCCAACAUAGUGUACUGGAUAUUGAUGUCAAAUUUUUUAUAUUAUUCGGUCGGAUAUGUUCACGAUUUGCUCUUUCCGGACGAAAACACCAAGGCAUUCGACUUCAACACUACUAACCCAAUAUGUCCGAGCAAUGCGAACUAUAUAAAUGCUACAACCAACACAAACAGGCCGUGGACAUUGUACGAACAAAUUUGGGAUCUCAACACGACUGUACCGAUAUUUCUUGUCGUAAUCGUUGCACCGCUAUUGAACUUCAGAUCAGCUACGUUUUUCACGAAGUUUAAUUCUUUGGGUACUCUGGCAGUGCUGUAUCUGUUCAUAUUUGUCAUAAUAAAAUCCUAUAGUUGGGGAAUAAAUAUGUCCACACCAACGAUAGGAGGAUUAACGGAUUAUUCUGAAUUUUAUAAAAACACAUUUCCUGCAACAUCUGGAAUGCUCACGUUGUCUAUGUUCAUACAUAAUAUCAUAAUUACAAUAAUGAGAAAUAAUGAAAAUCAAAAACACAAUGGCCGUGAUCUAUCAAUAGCAUUCACUCUAGUUCUUCUGACGUACAUAUUGAUUGGAAUUACUUUUUACGUGUGUUUUCCAUUAGCUAAAUCAUGUAUCGAGGAUAACUUUUUAAACAACUUUCCUAGAACAGAUGUCUUUAGUAUUAUUGCUAGAGUUUUUCUAUUCUUUCAAUUAUUGACUGUCUACCCUUUGAUAUCAUACAUGCUACGAGUACAAGUGUUCGCAGCCCUUGAAUUAUCAAUAUACCCUAGUGUUCUACAUGUUAUUGCACUUAAUUGUUUUGUAAUUUUCAUAUGCAUAUUGUUUGCAAUUUUCAUGCCACAUAUAGGAACAGUAAUACGAUUUAGUGGAGCAAUUUGUGGAUUUGUAUACAUAUAUACAUUACCAACCAUGCUACAUUUAUCAUCACAGAGAAGACGCAAUCUUUUAACAUUUGGAUCAGUCAUUUUUCACAUUUCAAUAUCAUUAAUUGGACUAGCUAAUUUAAUUGCCCAAUUUUUUGUUUAAAGAAUAACUAUAGUAAAAAUUGUAAAUUAUUAUUGACAUUACUAUAUUCAAUUUAUAGUGUUUAAUUUUUCAUCAAAAGUCAUUUUUUUUUUUUUUUUUUACUGUGAUCUCUAACAAUAAGACGAUAAGAGUGUUAUAUCCAUUGACAUUUAAUUGCGUGUAUUUUUUAACUUAAGUUAUUUAUUUAAGCUAUUAUUAAUUAACU